CACCCCCCCACACAAACAUCUCUCGCAAAUCCUUUAUUCAAACACCGGCCACCGCCAUGUCAUCUCUCCGGCGAUCAAUCCACCGUCAACUCCGUUCAAUCACCACCCAAUCAUCUCCAUCAAUCACCGCUUCAAUCAUCUCAUCCGAUCCCAAUUCAAACAACACCAAAAACCCUAGCUUACUCCGAUGGGUCACCGCCGUCGUCGCAGGCACCGGAAUCGGCGUCGGAACAUCUCUAUACAUGUAUUCACCUUCUGAUUCUUCGUCCACUUAUGCCGUGAAAUCCGCCAUGAGUUUCGCUGAUUGGUUGUCCACAAGUGUUGACCGAAUGAAGAAAUUUGUUGACGAUCAACCUUUGUCUAGCAAUAAUUUUUUCAUUAGAGAUGCAUUGAGGAGAAAAAUAUUCUUUAACUAUGAGAAGAGACUGAGAACCUUAAGUCCUCCUGAAAAGGUGUUUGAAUAUUUUGCAUCGAUAAAGAAUACUGGAGGGGAAAUUCUCAUGACACCAGGAGAUUUGAUGCGUGCUAUUGUUCCUGUGUUCCCUCCAUCCGAGUCGACCUUAGUAAGAGAAGGAUCUCUUAGAGGGGAAAGGGGUCCAGGGGAGUUGCAUUGUGCCCCUUCAGAAUUUUUCAUGCUUUUCGAUGUAAAUAACGAUGGGCUCAUAUCUUUCAAAGAGUAUAUAUUUUUCGUUACACUCCUCAGCAUUCCCGAGUCAAGCUUUUCAGUUGCUUUUAAAAUGUUUGACAUUGACAAUGAUGGAGCGAUAGAUCGAGAAGAAUUCAAAAAAGUGAUGGCCCUGAUGCGUGGUCAUAAUAGACAAGGAGCUUUCCAAAAGAAUGGACUUCGGACUGGACAUAGAGUCGGAGGUCAUGUAGAGAAUGGAGGACUGGUGGAGUACUUUUUUGGUGAAGAUGGCAACCAGCGACUUCAACAUGAAAAGUUUGUUCAGUUUCUGCAGGAUCUCCACCAUGAGAUGAUCUGGUUGGAAUUUUCCCAUUAUGAUUUCAAAUCGAGUGGAACAAUAUCAGCAAAGGAUUUUGUGCUAUCCAUGGUUGCGUCUGGUGAUAUACGGCAUUUGGGCAGGUUGCUUGACCGUGUCGAUGAGUUAGAUAAUGAGCCUCAUCUGAAGGACCUACGCAUUACAUUUGAGGAAUUUAAAAACUUUGCAGAAUUACGUAAAAAAUUACAGCCGUUUUCUCUAGCCCUUUUUAGCUAUGGGAAAGUCAAUGGGUAUUUGACGAGGAAGGAUUUUCAACGAGCAGCUCAUCAUGUAUGCGGAAUAUCACUCAGUGAUAAUGUUAUUGAGCUUAUUUUCCAUCUAUUUGAUGCAAACAAAGACGGAAAUUUAUGCUCAGAAGAGUUCUUACGAGUUAUGCAUAGACGGGAAAAAGAAACAGCUCAACUGACAAAGUCCGGAGUCAUAAAUGCACACUAAGUCUGUGAUUACAACUAUACAAGGAAAUGCUUUAUUUUAAAGGUAUAUACACAGCAACAAAAAACAUCUUGGUCAAACAAGCCAGGAUCAACUAACAUCUUACUUGCUGUUCUAAGCAGCUUUGGAGUUUUGGUAACGAAAAUAUGGCCCUCAUAUGUGUAAUUCUUCCUUGUUAUUGUUGAAUUUUUAUAUAUCUUGACAUCCAGGAAUGUACAGUCAGAAGUUACUAUAUUACAUCCAGUAGUAUUGCGUUUCUUGUUUCUAAGAAUGGUCAUAUUAUUGUGUAGUUAUGCUUAAGAUGGAUCUGAGAAAGAUGUAUAUGAGACUUCACACUUCUGUUA